AUGGACUCUCACUCAACCCAAAUUCCACGCAGAGCUCGCUUCGGAAUUAUUGUACCCUCAUCGAAUACAACAUUGGAACCGUUGACGCAGCAGAUGGUCCUCAGUCUUGCACACAAUGCAAUAGAAGUUAGCCUUCAUUUUGCCAGAUUCCGGGUCACCAAGAUCGAACUAUCCGACGAUUCAAACUCUCAAUUUACCCUGGAGUCAAUGCUCGAGGCAGCGGGGCUCUUGGCUGAUGCAAAAGUCAACAUUAUUGGCUGGAGCGGCACAUCCGCAGCCUGGCUGGGGUUUUCGUCAGAUGAGACUUUAUGUCAGAUGAUUGAAAAUACUACCGGGAUUCCAGCAACAUCAUCGGUGUUGGCGAUGAGGGAUAUCUUACUUUGCAGCGUGGCUCCAGAAAUCGGUCUCGUGACACCAUAUAUAACAGAGGUUAAUGCUGCAAUUCUCGAGAACUUUGCAACAGAAGGGCUCUCUAUAGCAGAAACAAGAUCUCAAUGCUCCGGCUUGACGUCAAACUUUGAUUUUGCCGCUGUUCAAGAGACAGACUUGGACGUAAUGGUUGCACAGGUUGUCCAAAACGGGGCUCGGGUCAUUCUCAUAAUGUGUACCAACCUUGCGGCUGCACAAAGAGCGAUAUUCUGGGAAAGGAAAUAUUCUGUCAUGGUUCUAGACUCGGUUGCAACUGUACUGUUCGGCAUGCUUCGACAACUCGGUAUGGCAACGUCAGGCCUUGCUAGUGAAUGGGGUUCAUUAUUCAACAUCGAAACGAAACCGGUCCUCCACGACAUAUAG